CAUACACACACCCCCGCGUUAUUGCAUUUGCGCUCCAGAGGGGAAAUAUCUCUGGUGCACAGCAGCUAAACAUUACUAAUGACGAUGCUUAGGAUAUGCACAGUUGGCGCCAGCCGUUCAGGCGCCAGCGCCAAGAAAACGUCCAGCAAUGCGGGGUUGGUCUAGGCCCUCUGAUAACACCAUCGAGGAGCUUUCAACAUCUUUCAUCGAACCCACCGAGAUAUGCGCCGCGCACCUCGAUAAAUACUUACGAUAGGUGAUUCAUUUCUGAUGGCCAUCAACUGACCUCGUUCAGCGACUGAUACUUUAUGCCCGCAGAUCCCGCGAACGCUGGUGAAGUCUGCCCGCGCAUCCCGUCGCCUUUACCCGCUCCCGAAUACAAGUAUAAACAGCUGUCGAGAGCUGAGCUCUGUGGUCUUAUGCAAUGCGACUCUUGGAACGUGACGAUACCGGCGGGAUCCGCCUGACAGAGGAUUUUCCCAACGACAAGAUUCCGCCAUAUGCGAUACUUUCACACACGUGGGGUGCCGAGGAGGUCCUCUUCAGGGAUAUGACAGACGAUACAGGCAAGAGCAAAGCGGGCUACGCCAAAAUUCGGUUUUGCGGCGAUCAGGCCGGGCGCGAUGGGCUCAAAUUCUUCUGGGUGGACACAUGCUGCAUCGACAAGUCCAACAGCACCGAGCUUCAGGAGGCGAUCAACUCUAUGUUUCGUUGGUACCAUAAUGCGGCCAAAUGCUACGCCUAUCUUGCCGAUGUGUCUACCCUUUCCCUUGACGUUGGCGAUGAGUCUAUCUGGGUACCAGCUUUUCGGGCGAGUAGGUGGUUCACCCGCGGAUGGACUCUCCAAGAGCUCAUUGCUCCAAUAUCCGUCGAAUUCUUCUCAAGGGAGAACGUGCGCCUCGGCGACAGGAAGUCUCUAGAACAGCAUAUUCACGAUGUGACGGGGAUCCCCUUGAGAGCCCUCCAUAGUAGCCCUCUAUCUGAGUUCAGCGUCCCCGACCGGAUGGCAUGGGUCGAGAAGCGUAAUACAACACGCGAAGAAGAUAAAGCGUACUCGCUAUUCGGCAUCUUCGACGUACAGCUACCGCUUCUUUACGGUGAAGGAGAACAGAAGGCAUUUAGACGGCUGCGAGAGGAGAUCAGGAAAGCCUCAAGUCGCGAGCAGACGUAUGAUCAAUCAGAAGAUCGCUGCCUGGCUGACCUACGCUCGACUGACCCGCGCCACGACAAGAUACGCAUUGAAGACGCAAAGGGCGGCCUAUUACGAGACUCGUACCGGUGGGUGCUCGACAACGCCGAAUUCCAGCGAUGGCGCGACGACGAAAACAGCCGGCUACUUUGGAUCAAGGGCGACCCCGGCAAGGGCAAAACGAUGCUAGUCUGCGGCAUCAUCGACGAGCUGAAGACGUUAUCUCCGUCCUGCCUUCUGUCUUUCUUUUUGUGCCAAGCCACCGACUCGCGCAUCAAUAACGCUACGGCCGUCCUACGUGGUAUGAUCUACCUCCUCGUCAGCCAAGAACCCACGCUCAUCUCCUACGUGCGGACAAAGUACGAUCAUGCAGGCAAAACGCUGUUUGAAGACGCGAAUGCAUGGGUUGCUUUGUCAGAGGUCUUUACCAACAUUCUGCAAGACCCCUGUUUAGGAACAGCCUACUUGAUUAUUGAUGCGCUCGACGAAUGCGUGACAGACCUGUCGCGGCUUCUCCGGUUGAUCGUCAAGAAUUCAACCAUAUCUCCUCGUAUAAAGUGGAUCGUGUCGAGUCGCAAUUGGCCCGAGAUCGAAGAGCAGUUGGAGACAGCUACGUACAAAGCUAGGCUGAGCCUCGAGCUCAACGCCGAGUCUAUCGCUACUGCUGUCGACACAUAUAUCCGAAACAAGGUAGAUCAACUGGCACAGUUGAAGAACUAUGAUACUGGCACGAAAGACAUGGUUCGGGACUACUUACACUCCCACGCAAAUGACACGUUUCUCUGGGUGGCGUUGGUCUGCCAGGAACUCGCCACUACCCCGGGAUGGAAGGUUAAAAAGAAGUUGGCGUUAUUUCCGCCUGGGCUUGAUGCACUCUACAGACGGAUGAUGGACCAGAUCUGCAAGUCUGAAGAUGCUGCGCUUUGCAAAGACAUACUUGCCGUCGUCUCAGUCGUAUACCGGCCUAUCACAUUGGACGAACUAACGGCCCUCGUCGAUACGCUUGACGAUGUCUUUGAUAAUCACGAAGCUCUCGCAGAGAUCGUAGGGCUUUGCGGCUCUUUCCUGACACUGCGCGAACGUACGAUAUCUUUCGUCCAUCAAUCCGCCAAAGACUUCUUACUUAAGCAGGCACGCGAUGAGAUCUUUCCUGCUGGGAUAGAAGAAGUACACCGUACUAUCUUCUCGCGAUCGCUUCGAGUUAUGCGGGAAACACUGCGACGCGACAUCUACAACCUUGGCGCUCCUGGAUUUCCCAUCGACAAAGUCAGACCACCCAAUCCAGAUCCGCUAGCCGCAGUACGGUACUCGUGCGUGUAUUGGAUUGACCAUCUACGUGAUUGUGAUCCCAAGAAGAAUGCGAACAAGGAUAUCCAGAAUGGCGGAUCAAUCGAUACCUUUCUGUGCGAGAAGUAUCUCCACUGGCUCGAGGCUCUUAGCCUUCAGAAGAGCAUCUCAGAGGGAGUAGCUUCAAUGCUAUGCCUCGAGGGUUUGCUUGAGGUAGGAAAAGACACAUCGCUUCUUAUCGAUAGAGUCCGAGAUGCAUAUCGGUUUAUCCUCUACCACAAGUGGGCGGUUGAGAACAGCCCUCUUCAGGUGUAUGCUUCGGCGCUUGUAUUCAGCCCGGCCCGUAGCAUAACCAGGAGUCAGUUCGAAAAUGAUGAACCUAAAUGGAUCAUCCGGAAUCCAACAAUAGCAGACAAUUGGGGCGCAUGCCUACAAACGCUCGAGGGCCAUCGCGACCGGGUCUACUCCGUGGCCUGGUCGCCCGAUGCGAGCCGGCUGGCGUCGGCGUCCGACGACGAGACCGUCAAGAUCUGGGAUCCAACGACUGGCCAGUGCGUGGCGACGCUCGGGGGCCAUAGCGACUCGGUCUACUCCGUGGCCUGGUCGCCCGAUGCGAGCCGGCUGGCGUCGGCGUCCGGCGACGACACCGUCAAGAUCUGGGAUCCAGCGACCGGCCAGUGCGUGGCGACGCUCGAGGGCCAUCGCGGGCCGGUCAUGUCUAUAGCCUGGUCGCCCGAUGCGAGCCGGCUGGCGUCGGCGUCCUACGACGAGACCGUC